GGUCGUAGUCAGUGGUAUGAGCUGGUGUUCAGUUCUGUUUGACUUUUGCUUCGCUUAACGUGUACAAGUUUAAAAUUUAUUAUUAUUAAUCUUAUUGUUGUUGUUCUUGUUUGUUUGUAUUUUAUUUAAUAUUAAAUAUUUAUUUAAUUUAAUUGUGAGAAAGUGUUGGUUGUGUUAUAUUUACAUGUUAACGUGUCUCUGAUGCAAGUGUCUUGUUAUUGUGCUCAGGGAUGCUGAUGAUUUGAUUUUGUGCGCAACUUGGUUUAUACAUAAUCAGUGGUGCGACGACGCAAACUUAAAUUUUACUUAAAUAUAUACAGUUUAUACAGAUGUUAUUUAAUAUUUAAAAACAAAUGUAUAUUGUUAUUUAGAUUCUAACGUUAUUUAAUAAUUAAAUAUGAUUAUUAAUUGGAAAAAUAAAUUUCAUCAAACAUCAACAUCUGUUUUUAUAUAUAUUUUUACACUUUUGUUGUGCAAAUUUCAAGAAUGUACUCAACAACUUGUAAUUAAAUCAAUCAAUGUACCACCACUAGUACAUGCUGGUGAAGUUGAUUAUGUUAUUCUUGAUUGUGAUUAUGAUUUAAAAAAUAUAUCAACAGAGGGUCUGGUUGUUAAAUGGUUUUACAAUUAUGAUAAUGUUGAGUAUCAAUGGAUAUAUGGCUCUGAGCCACAAGCUGAUCCAUCAUCAAGUCACAUUGAUGUUGGCUACAAAGCAAGUGAUGAUCCAGUCACAAUGUAUCGUGCUAUGAAACUCAACAAUCCAACAAUUAAUUUAACCGGUGAUUAUAGAUGUGCUGUAUUUACAUUUGAAGAUGAACAAAUUGCAAAUGCUAGUAUGAUUGUUUAUUCGACAGAAGAAAUAUUUGAUUUGAAACAUCGAAAAAAAAUUGUGGAUGGUAAGGAGAGAGUUGAAGUGACAUGUAAUGCCGAGGGACUAUAUCCACAACCCAGUAUGGACAUAACUGUCAAUGAUGUGCCAUUGAACGAGACUGAAACUCCAGAUUUAACGAUGCGAGAAGAUGGAAAAUACGAUAUAAUGACACAGGUAUCAAUUAUGGAUGAAGAUUUACCAAGAAUAUCACUCAUUAAGUGUACACUCAGUAUACCAAUUGCAAAUUAUACAAAUCCAAGAGAGUUUACAUACUAUACUGGAACACCAACCAGUACGCCUUCUGUUACAACAAAUUUGCUGAGAAAAAUGGAGAUCCAGGCGAUAAACAGCUCAGAGCCAGACACUGACAAUGGUGGUGCUGCUGGAGCAUCAAUAUUAUCAAAAAAUAUUCUAUUUAUUAUCAUCCCGAUUUUUGGAGUAAUUGGAAAUCAUUGAUUUCCUUUUUUUUUAACGAUGGAUUUUUAAACGAAUAUAUGACAGAGUCAAUUCGCACGUAUGAGCUUGAGCUCAUUGAUCCAAGGAAGAUUGAUUGGUCGACGGACACAAAAAAAAAUCCAUCUUCAUUUGAUGCAGUGUGCCUUCAACGAGGCAUCACAAUCCCGGAUUUAUUUAAAAAAUAAAAAAUUUAAUGUGUGAUACAGGCUAAAAAGCGAAAAAAAAAAAAAAAGAAAAAUUGUAUUUGAUUUUUUUUUUUACCAAAGAAAUAAUUAAUUUUAAAUUGUUAAAAAUUAAUACCAAUUUUGGUAUAUAAGAAAACAUGUUGAAAUGAAAAAUAAUCCGAUGAUAAAAUUAUUUAUAGUUGUCAUAAAAAAUUUAUAUAAAAAAAAAUGUAAAAUAAAAAAUAACAAUCUAUAUCUGUCAAGAAUCUUCACGUAGCUGAUGAUUUAACGUUUUUCCUGUCGAGUCUGAAACUAAGAUGGCCUUAUAUGAUAUUAAAUUUUUGAUGUUGACGAUUUUAUUUAAAAAAAAAAAAAAAAACUUGUACAGUUGUAUACAGAGAUAUAAAAUAUAUAAACUCACGAUAUCUUUUAUCUAGUUGUAUUAUUGUAAAUAGAAAUCAGAUAAUAUGAAAAAAUAAAAAAAAUAAUGUCUAGCCAGUCUAAGAAUAUACUUAACUAAAUAAAAAAUAAAGCUCUGUAAUUCUUUAACAUCAAGUUGAUGUAAUCCGUCACCUAGUCUUGUAACUAUAAGAAUCCACGAGAAUUAAUUAAUAAAACAAAGAAAAAAGAAUUCUACCAAAUAUUUAAUUUUCAGUUGAUUAAAAUUUUAAAAAAAAAAAUAAAAACAC